CAUCGCGAAAGCUCCCAUAAAUCGGAGCACGCGGCGGCCGAGCUGCCUCCUCCUCCUCCUCCUCACUUGCGCCGCCCGAGCAGCUGACCCACCCAACCUCUCCUCGCCUCUUCUUCCACGCGCUUCCUUCCUUGGCCGCUAAGGGUGGGGAGGCGGGAGAGAAGCUAUAUACGCCUCACGAAUUCUUCCUCCAUCUCCCUCCGGCCUGAUCCAUCUAUCUCCGCGUGCGCGCGUGUGUGUGGGGAUUGGAAUCGCGUGGGUCGAGAUCCGCCGCGGAAAGAAAGAAAGAAGGGGGGAAAAAUAUCGAAUCUUGAUGUGGACGAAGGAGCUGAAGUCGCGGGGGAUGGGGGGCGCGGGGGGAGGAGGGGAGGAGGGGGACUACUACCCGCCGACGCCGCGGAAGGAGUGGUCGGCGGGGCUGGUGAAGCUGGUGACGGUGGCGGUGAUAUUCAUGGCGGGCGUGGUGAUCGGGCUGUCGGCGAGCGCCAACGUGUCGCGCUACUACUACUCCUCCCACACGGAGCUCUUCUUCCCGGCCACCACCUACGGCGCCUGCGAUCGCGCCGACUGCGCCCCGACCUUCAAGUCCUUCGUCCACCCGCCCCACCUCGCCCACUCCAUGUCCGACCCCGAGCUCUUCUGGCGCGCCUCCCUCCUCCCUGCCGCCGACGACUUCCCCUUCCAGCGCGUUCCCAAGGUCGCCUUCCUCUUCAUGACCCGCGGCCCGCUCCCCUUCACCCCCCUCUGGGACCGCUUCUUCCGCGGCCACCAGGGCCUCUUCUCCGUCUACGUCCACACCCUCCCCGACUACAAGCUCAACGUCUCCAAGUCCUCCGCCUUCUACGCCCGCCAGAUCCCCAGCGAGGAAGUAUCUUGGGGAUCGAUCACCCUUGUUGAUGCUGAGAAGCGUCUGUUGGCCAAUGCCUUGUUGGAUUUCUCGAAUGAGCGGUUUGUUCUGCUCUCGGAGAGCUGCAUCCCGGUGUUCAACUUCCCGACCGUCUAUGAGUAUCUCAUAAACUCGGCACACAGCUUUGUCGAGUCCUAUAACAUUGACACCCCUCAAUGUGCUGGCCGCUACAACCGUCGGAUGGCUCCUCAUAUUUUGCCAAGUCAAUGGAGAAAAGGGUCAGAGUGGUUUGAACUUAACCGUGAACUGGCUGUGCAGAUAGUAGCAGACAACAAGUACUACUCCAUCUUCCGGAAGCAUUGCAGGCCAUCUUGUUAUCCGGAUGAGCAUUACAUACCAACCUAUCUGCAUUUGUUUCAUGGGUCCCUGAAUGCCAACAGGACCGUCACAUGGGUUGAUUGGUCAAGAGGAGGCCCGCACCCAGCAAGAUAUGGUGCCGCAAACAUCACUGAAGAGUUCAUCCAGGCAAUCAGGAAUAACGGUACAAGCUGCACUUACAACUCGAAGCCCACUUCUCUCUGUUAUCUAUUUGCUAGGAAGUUUGCUCCUAGUGCUCUUGGGCCAUUGAUGAACCUCACUUCAACCGUACUGGACUUCUGAGUUAUCCACCAUUCUUCAUUGGCUGGCAUCGCAUUACCAGACUAUCUCCAUCUGCGCACAUACUCUGUGAGGAGUAGCGGUACACUAUACAUGUUUGGGAACAUGUAUCGCAUGAUAGAUGGAUCAGAGACGCCUUUUGAUGAGUCGUCAUGUGUCUCUGAUGGAUGAUGCUGUGUGGGAGAGUGAAAAUUACUUCACUUGUCCUGAAGCUGAAUCCCGAGUAUAGGAUGAAUGGAGCUGCAUACGGAGAGGACUUUUGUUUCACCUCCCAUUCUUUUCAUUAUAUCAUAGCUAUAUGAUAUUAGAUCUCUUCUUCCUUUUCCCCAUCCAUUGUAAUGACUUGGUCAGGAUACUAAUUUCUGUGAAUAUAACCUAUCAAUCAUUGCUUUUACUUG